AUGAAUGUUUUCUUCUUGGAGGAGGCAAUUUUGAACAAGAAAGCGUGGAAACGAGCGAAAAACCACGAAUUGCUGGACGAGACGAAGGAGUACCUGCCCCAGAGGAACAGCAAAGGCCUGGAGAAAUCCACCCUGGGCCUGCAGCUCCGAGUGACGAAGCACCACCAGGAGCAGGGGCUCAAGCUCCAUUGCUCCGUCUCCGUCGGCACCGUCUACCAGGAGAAGGUUUUCAGGACCAUCACGGUGUCCGAUGCGAAACGAGGCCAUCUGGCCACCAUCAUGGAAAUCAGGCCCGAGGCCGCCUCUGCCUCAAGUUCAAUCGAGAUCUGUGAUGUGUGCGAAGGGACUGUGGUCUCUGGGGGUCCCUUUGGCUUUGCUCCUGGCCCUCAUGCCGACCUAGAGGCGGUUCCUUCUCGUCCUGACUCUCUUCAAUAUUUCGGAUCGGAGGGGCAUCGACGUGUCUGUGAUAACUGAAAAAGAAAACCUCAGUCCCGAGGAACUUGUCAGGGUUUGGGCACCUGGAGGAGCUCGCCUGAAUUUGAGCACCUCAAGGAGCUCGCCUGAAUUUGGGCACCUCGACGAACUGCUUCUUCUUUUUUUUUCUUCUCUUCCAUAAUUCCUUAUCGAACUAGUCCACGAGGAGCUUGUCACCUCUCGCCGCUAUCAUCUGAGAGGAGUGGGAUCAUGUGAGAUCAUUCCAGAAGCAUGAAUAAACGACUUAGCAACACGUGCAAAGGCGGAAAGUGUCGAAGAAACGAAUGCGAAGAGGCAGAACGCACUAGAUACCUAAUUACGGACCAUAUGCCUUCCAUCAUUCAUCCCCAC